AUGCCGUCAGAUCUCUUGUGUUGUGAGGUUGUGUUAGGUAACCUUCGGGGAAGGUUAUGCUGGCAGAUCUCUUUUGUGUGUAAGAUUGUGAUGGGUAACCUUCGGGGAAGGUUAUGCCGUCAGAUCUUGUUUAUGCAGGCCCAUAUGUUGAGUAUGACUCCGAUGUGGAAAGAUCACGGACGGCUGAGCCGCCAGAUCUUUCGAGGUUCGUGUGGGUACUCUUCCGAGGCAAGGGAAGCUCUGCCGCAGAACCGAGGGUGUAGUCAAGCGCAUUCUCGCACGUCAGAGCCCAACCGGAUUGGCAGCGUGGAGGCUGUGCAUGAAGGGAGGAAGACUCGGAGGAUAACCUGGUCAGCUGCCUUGGCCGAGAUGUCGAGUCACGAGUGGUCGAGGGAUUUAUCAUUGGGUCAGGGGGUGCCGGAGGAGAUGAACGGGAGAGAGCCGUCAGACGUGGAUAUGCAUGACAUCAGAGUCGACAAUGAAGAUCAUGAGAGAACGCAUGAGUACAUGCCAGUACACCUGAUAGUCAAACCGACGAUCUAG